UUCCCCUUCCAUGAAAUUUCGACUUUCGUCCAGUCAUGUUACCGGCUACUCCGCCGCCACUGUCAGCUCUGCAUCAACUGCUAUCUCUUUUUCCAUUUUCAUGUUUAGUCUUUUUCCCUUGCUCAUUCUUCACCCUUCACUCACAUCCCAUUUUUGUGAAACUCUUGGAAUCAUCUUCCCACGCCAAAAUCAUCAGAUUCCCAAUGCUUCAGACCUGGGACGCCUUGGGAAAAGGUAGAUUAGGAAGGAGAGAGAGAGAGAGGUAAUUCGGGUCCCAAAUGGGUCGACCCAAUUCCUCAUCUCCAUCUCCCCUCUAUAAAUCCCAGCAAAAAUGAGAACCAAAAACCAAAAGUCAAGUACUGUAAGAUUUGAGCCAGAGAAAGAAACAACAACAACAACAUACACACAUAUUGGGUUUUGGGGAGUGUAGUGUGUCACCUUAUCCCUACCUUGUACCUUGCGGGAGAUAGAGAAACUGUUUCCAAUAAACAAAAUGAGACAGAGAAAGAAGGUGAAAGAUAAAAUGGUGACAUCAAUUGAGCAAGUGACUAUCCCCGAUCACCUCCCCGAGUUCUUUAAGAUUUAUCACCCUCAAAUAUGCAACUUCCAACUGAGAAUUCCACCGGUCUUUCUCAAGUUUUUCAAUGGAGACAUUCCUGCAAACUAUAAGCUUGAAGAUCUUGGAAGGUUGUUGUGGAAAAGAAUGACAAUGAUUUCAUGGGAGGUUGGCCAGACUUUCUUAAAGCGGGACGUAACUGCCAUCAACGAGCCUGAGUUGCAGCCAUUGGACGAAGAAAUUGUGCAUGAGAUAGGUACAUCAGCUCGGCCAGUUGAUCAAGCACUUAAUGAAUCAGGAGACUUGGUUUUCUCUGUCACUUCAUUCGACAUUGUUAUCAAACCAUCCUACAUUCGAAAAAAGCGCUUGAAUGUACCAGCUACUUUUGGCAAUAGAUACUUGAACAGGGGCAAGGGCAAAACUUUGAGGCUACUCUUCAAACUGAUAGAGGUAGCUGGCCCGUUUCAGUCCACAGUUCUGAUAGACUUCUCCUGCGGACUGGGUUCGGAAAAUUUAUAGCUGGUAAUGCUUUGCGUGAAGGAGAUGUUUGCCAAUUAAAACUGAUUGAUGAGGAGAAGUUCAUACUGGAAGUUAGCAUUAGAAGACAACUUAAGUAAAGCAGUAAUAAAAAUAGAGGCAAAUCUCUUUGAUCAUUUGGCUUAAUAUCUAUCCGAUUCAAAUAUUUCUACUUGAGAGAAAGAGAGUUGUAUGUUCACUAAGCAUUGCAUAGUACUGGAAUAGAAGGUUUAUGUCUCAGCAUUUUAAUUUAGUGAAUUUACAUCAUUGUAUGAUAUGCUAAAUGCUUUAGGCAAACAAAAGAAGGGUAAAAAACAAAAUGGUGAGACCAGUUGAAGAAGUCAUUGUCCCUGAUCACUACCUUGAGUUCUUCAAGAUUUCUAUUUGUCCCUGAUAUAUGCUUUCAGAAACUUGUAAUCUCUUCUUUUCUCUGUUGCAAGUUCAGAAACACUCGCAUGAUUCACGUGACACUAUAUCUAAUGGAUGCAGAAAAGAUUGUUUAA